AUGCAACUGUCCCCUGCACCUUGUUGGACGCCAACGCACAGUGCACUGCCCGUAAUCCUCAAAGUGUGCUGCAUCAAAUCAGUGGAGGAGGCAGCACUCGCAAUCAGGUAUGGGGCAUCGGCUCUCGGGUUGGUGGCCAAGAUGCCUUCAGGGCCGGGGUGCAUCGAAGAGGGGACCAUCGCGGAAAUCUGUGCGUGGCUCAACGCCGAGGCGCCCGACGUGUGGUCCUUCCUGCUCACCCCCGAGCAGGACGUGGCGGCCAUCGUGGAGCAGCAGAAGCGGCUGAAGGCCAACACCCUCCAACUCGUGGACGCUCUCACCACCGGCUCCUACGCCGAUCUCCGCCAGGCUCUGCCCUCGGUCAGAAUCGUCCAGGUGCUGCACGUGGAGGACGACACGGUGGUGGCCCAGGCACGACGCUUCGGCCCGGAAGAGGUGGACGCCAUCCUCCUUGACUCGGGGAGGCCCUCGCUGGCCAUCAAGGAGCUCGGCGGCACCGGUCGGGUCCACGACUGGGCGAUUUCAAAGCUGGUAGUCGAAGCUGCUCGUGUGCCGGUCUUCCUCGCAGGCGGACUCAAGGACGUCAACGUGGCCGAUGCCAUCCGCCAGGUCAAGCCCCACGGGUUGGACCUGUGCAGUGGCCUUCGAAGCGGGCCAGACUUCGAUCUCGACGAAGAGAAGCUCGCCGCGUUCGUGCGUGCAGUCGCCUUGACCGCCGCUCCCAACGGGGGCGCCACCGACAACCGCCAAGUUGGCAACAACCACCACUAG